AUGGCUGGCCAGCGAGCCACGGACUGCGGGGCUGACAGCUGCAGGGAGCGCCUUGCAGCUGCUGCUGUAACUGCUGCUGCCGAUGCUGCUGCUGCUGAAUCCUUUCGCGUUACUGCUGCUGCGGAGGAGGUCAGAACGACUCCCGCUCAGGGACCGGCUUUGCACGGCCAGGUGAGUGCUCUGGCUGGUGGCUGCGGCAGAAGGGCGCAUAUCAGCCGCAGCAGCAGCAACAACGAAGCGGCUGCUGCUUCGGCUGUGGCUAUUGCCGUGGCGGCUGGAGCUGCUGGAGCGGAAGAGGGCCUUUAG